ACUGUUUUUAACUGAGGCAAUUUUGUUUUCAAUCUGCGUGGCCACAAACCACCAUGCCCAGAUGCUUUUAGACAAAGGAGAGAGAUCAUCUUAUGCUCCCCAUGGGACUUGGGAUCCUCUUACUUCAGAAGAAUUAUAUAGAUUCUUUGGCAUCAUUAUGUACAUGUCCGUUGUCAAGUUCCAGUCACUGGACAGGUAUUGGUCGACGUCACCACUGUACAUGAACAAUCCUGUUAAAGACAUUAUGUCUCGUAACAGAUUUCAGGCCAUCUUGUCCUUCCUCCAAGUAACCCCACCAGCAGAUAUUGACAAAGGAGAGAAACUAACUAGAAUACAGGCACUAAUUGACCAUGUUCGAGACACUUCAAAAGAAUUGUUCCACCCUUUUCGAGAAGUUGCAGUUGACGAAAGAAUGGUCGCCUCAAAACACAAGUACUCCGGAAUAAGGCAGUUUGUGAAAGACAAGCCAGCCCGAUUUGGGAUUAAGCUUUGGGUUGUCGCUUGUAAUAUGACCGGUUAAACUUAUGAUUUUUUUGUAUAUUUGGGCAAGAAGAAUACAGUAUUUAUGGAUAAAACAAAAGGUCUUGCAUUCAAUGUUACUAUGACAUUAUGUAAAUCUUUUUUUGAUCAAGGUUACAAAGUUUUUACAGACUGUUUUUACACUUCAUUAGCACUUGGCAAAGAAUUAUUACAGAAGAAAGUUUAUCUUGUUGGUGUGUUAAAAUCCAAUAGUUUAUCUAUUCCUAGUGAAUUGAAAGAUGUUAAAUGUUGGGAAAAAAUUGCAAGACGAGGUGAUUUUAAAUGGCAUCGAGAAAAUGAAUUUGUUUUUGUUCCAUGGAAAGAUUGUAAAGUGGUAACAUUUAUGUCAUCUUUGCAUCAAGGUUCAGCAACAACUGUUUGUGAUAGAACAUUGAAAUCAAGAUUAACAUGGGCUAAGAAAGAACUUGUACAACCUCUCGUAGCUAGUGAUUAUAACAAAUGUAUGGGUGCUGUAGAUUUAUCAAAUCAAUUUACUAGUAAAUAUCAUUCUUAUAUUAGAACACAAUUGCACUGGUGGAAAGUACUGUUUUUUUCAUUUACUUGAUAUUCUGGUUGUUAAUUCUUAUAUCCUAUUUCAAGAAUUUAGAAAAACACAUGUAAAUCAGUUUUCAAAUUGUACAUCAACUUUUGGGCAGCUCGAGUUCCGUGAAGUACUUACAUUGUCUCUUAUGGGAUUAAAAGACAAACUUAAUGUUUCUGUGUCAAAAACAACUAUUAAAUGUAUUCCACAGGUAUUGGAUAAAAGAAAGGAUUGUGUUUAUUGUAAUGCAGAAGCCAUUUAUUUGAAGAAGAAAUGUACAAGUUAUAAAACUUGUAUUUACUGUCCAUCUUGUGAAGUUCCUUUAUGUUUGACAAAGGAAAGAAAUUGUUUUGAAAAAUGGCACAGCAAUGAUGGGGAAUGUGUUAGGAACUGUGCUGAUACAUUUUGUAAAAAAAGAAAAUUGUAAACAAUAAUGUUCCUGCUUGAUGUAUUCCACUGUACGAGGAACAUUGUUUAAAGUUAAUAAUAAUGUUUUUCAUGACACAAAAUGUACGUACAUGUUUAUUAGUACAUAUGUCUGAUGUUACUGUAUUACAAGUGAAUGCAAAUAUAUGAAUUUAUUCAUUCUUAUUAAGGAGUAAAUACAGAACAAAAUAUUGUUGAAAAGAGAUUGAACAAUUGGUUUUUUAGUGCUGGAAAAAUUUGAUGCUGGAGUAUAAUGUCAACCUUUAGUUUUCCUAUACUUUCCAGUUGGUUACUCCGUACAAGUAUGCAUACAAGUAGUCUAAACAUAAGUUUGCCAAAGUGUUGUUGCAUAGCAACUAAAAACUUUUUAACUCAAAUGAUGUUAAAUUAUCUUGUUUUAAAUUCAAAUAUGAGGGAAAUUAACAUAUUAGGAAAAAUUUUUAUUGCAAUAUUUAUUCUAUGAAAUGGUAAAGAUUGAUAUAGAAUAUAUUGGUUCAAAAUGAUGAAAAGAUAAAGAAAGAACUUUUUGCACUUGAUAACCUUUGACCUAAAUUCUCUCAAAGAUGUCCAUGAUUUUUGUUAAAAUGUAUCAAAAUCUGUCUAAAAAUAUUUUUUUUCAAUUAUUUGGUAUUAAGGUAAGCUAUUUGCUAUGUUAUAGAGUUUAAAUUGUGUUAAAUGGGGACAGAAAGGCAAAAUUAUGCUAAAUUGGUAUUAGAGUGUUGUUACUUAGCAACCAAAAUUAUUUAUUUGUCAAUAAAAUUGAAUUAUUUGAUUGUGAUGUUUUUGUAGUGUUUUAGAAGGCACAUAAGUGCAUAUACUUAGAAUUUCCUAUUUUUGACUUUAACCCAGGAAGAGGGACCCUGACAUAUACAUUCAAAGAAAAAACGGGGUAAAAAUCUGUACUUAUUUGACCUUUACCCCACACACGUCUUUAAGGUCAAGGGGUAGCAUGACAGAAUAUAUAAGAAAAUUUUC